AUCCAACACAGAAGGGAAACUUUUUUUUUAUAUUUUGGCCAGCAUGACGGACUGCAAAAUUAUAACGAGUCCUUUGCCGAAACGUGACCCGGGUUUGGCUCGAGACGCGAGUUUUUGGAGUUUCGCGGAGUCGAAAAUCAAGAAGACCAUCGCCGAUCAAGGAGAAAAACCUCUUUGGAUCGAUGGUUCGACAGACGAGCAGAUUUCAAACGUCGAGUUCCUUAGGCGGACGAAAUCAAUAGCUCGGAUUCUCAGAGAAGAAUUCGGCGUGAAAAGGGGCUCCGUUGUGCUCUUCUGUUCAAAAAAUGAUUUGCAAUACUACAUUCCGGUCUAUGCCACAUUUGCCCUCGGUGCCAUUGCUUACCAAAUACCGACUGUGCUGGCUGUCGACGGAGUCGAGAGAUGCUUGUCGGAAGAAAAACAUGUCCCGGUGAUUUUCUGCGACGAUCAGAUUUUGCCCGAUGUAGAAAAAUGCUUGGAAAAUCACUUUCCUGACGAUGAAUCCCCGGAAAAAUCAAAGAUUGUCAUUGUUGCCGGACGCAGUACGAAGUACAAAAAAUUAAGGGAGCUGCUGCAAGAGACGGGACCUGACGAUAUAGUUUUUCCUGAGCUCAAUCCUCGAGAUGUCUGCGCAAUUUUCGUCACCAGCGGAACAACGGGUCCUCCGAAAUCAGCUGCUCACACGCAUUAUUCCUUGCUCUCGGCGACUUACAAUUCCGACAUAACUGGCACCGAAGAUGACUGGUACAAUGUAAAAUUAUUUCACGGAAAUCAAGGUCACAUAGGCGCAUUUUACUUCUUUCUUUGCGCCAUUUCUACUGCUGGUACGUCGAUAACGUUCUCGAAUUAUGAUGAAAACCAACUACUGGCAACUGUCGAGCGAUACAAGGCGACAUGCAUCUUGCUAUAUGCUUCGGAUUCGCUUUAUUUGGCAAAACUGGAUAAAUUGGAGUGGAGUAAGUACGACUUAUCGUCUGUAAAAAUGAUUCUGACGGGCGCAUCGAUCUUUCAACCCAUGACCAGAGCACCGAUUGAAAAUAUGUUUCCCAACCUGGCAAUGCCAAUAGCACAAGUGGUCAACCUUGAUGACGGAGGAGAACUAGGGCCGGAUGAACGCGGAGAAAUCUGGAUUCACACACCAUUCAUCAUCAAAGACUACCGCAACCGACCUGACCUGACUUCAGCAGCUAUCACUUUUGAUGGCUGGUACAAAACUGGGGAUUACGGCUUUUACGACAUCAAAAAACGAUUACAUAUUGUCGACCGUGUGAAAGACUUGAUUCGUUUGGAUAAUGGAGUGGAUGUAUCACCAUCAGAGAUCGAAAAUAUUAUCCUUCAGCAUCCCAGUGUUAAACAAGUCGGAGUCACAGGAGUGGAGUUCGGAAACGAAAAAUCUAUACUUCCCAGAGCUUUCAUUGUAUUGCGGGAAAAUUCAGCGGACGUCAAACCGGAGGAGAUCGUCAAAUUCGUUCAGGGUCGUGCUGAAGAUACAAACUUAUGCAUUCGCGGGGGAGCUGAAAUCGUGGAAACCCUGGUGACUUACCCAGGAGGGAAAAUCUACCGACGAUUAUUGCGAGAAAAUUAUGCCAAAAGACAAGAACUUCAUGGUGUUCCGUGAAACAAUAUUCUCCAUACCUGCAGUUUAGAUGAGAGAAACAAAUUUUCCGCAGACAAAUUCUCUUGAUUUUCGUGAAAUGUCGGUGGUCUUGAAAAUCCAGAUGUUGAACGAGCGAAUAAAGGAGAGGUUUCGAGCAAA